AUGAACUCACCUCCAGAACCAGCCUCGCCCUCGACUUCCACCCCGUCCUCAGGCUCGCCGCCGCCCGAAGAGAUAAAUUUCCAAGUGCCUGAGUCCCAAUCGUCUGGCUCGUUUGCCGCUGGCGUCGGUCAGCUGCUGAGCAACUUCGUAGGGGGAUCGAGCAACCCUGGGCCAGCUGGUGCUUCAUCAAAGAGGCGUCUCCCUGCGGGUGGAUCGUUUGGAAACGCCUCGUCGAGAGAUCCCAAAUCUCGUAGGCGAGACGAUCCCAGAAAAUAUGGCAGCGGUGGAGGCCCUAACUGGGCAGAAGGACCCAAACGAGAGAAAGAAGAUUUGGUCGAUCAACAUGUAGUUGACCUCCUUCGCAAUCAACUUGGAGAUCCUUUCCUCGAGUGA